AACAAUCAAUUCGCAGGCAAUUUGAUUAAUAUGGUUGUUUAGCAAAUUCGCAAUCUUGCGGUUUGGGACUUUAGGAGUUGCGCGGUUAGUUCUAACAGGCAAAUAUUGUUAGCUAACUGUCGAAACAAUGCGUUCAAACUUACAGCAACAGAAGAAAAAAACAAAGUAAUUUGUCACAACAGCCGACAACCAUCACGACAGUUUAUGUCAUACCCAAGCACGCUAAAUGGAGCAGCAUCACAACGCUAAGAUAGCUUCGCAUAUAAAAUAAUAAACUGAAUUAAAGACAGGCAUUUCGUGUCGAGUUAUCAUUGAGGUAGCAUUUAUAUCGAAAAAGACAAUGAAAAGGCGAUUGCAAAUGCGAUACCGUCAGUUUGAAAAUGGCAGAAUCUAGAGGGACUUAUCUUUGCUAUAUAAUUGCCUUUGUGGCGCUUUGCCAAACUUGUAAACUGGUCUGGAUUACUACAUCAACAGUUGGAAAUACAAAAGAGGAAUCGAGAACUUUCAAUGCAAAAUUAGAAUUAUCAGCUGAACAAAAAAGUCGUUUAAAGACAAUUGAAAGAGAAUGUGAAAAAUAUGAUGAAGAGCUGAAACUCAAAAGUAGGAAAGAUGCUAUUCCGCAUAUGAUCGUGGAUGACGAAAGAAGGAUACUGUUCUGCGACAUUCCGAAGGUUGCGAGCAGCAACUGGAAACGAGUCUUCAUUGACGACCUCAAGAUUAAGGUCAAUGGUUCUUCAAACAUACGAGACGUACACGCAAAAAGACUUCUUCCAGAUUUGCGAUACUACACCCCGGAAGAACAAGAUUAUAGACUGAAAAAUUAUUUCAAGUUUAUGUUUGUGCGUCAUCCAUUUGAACGAUUACUAUCUGCUUACAGAAAUAAGCUGGAAAAUCGUGAAAUAGAAUGGAUACCAUCUACUAAACACUCUGUGGAUUAUGAAGGGAAUUAUUAUCACGAAAAAGAAGUUAUUAUGCGAGUUAAAAUGGAGGGACUGAAUAACAAAAAUACAAUUUCUUUUAGUAAAUUUGUAGAUACGUUAACAGACCCUGGGUAUAGGAUGAAGCAUUAUAACACUCAUUGGAAACAAUAUCAUAAACUAUGUCAUCCUUGCUUCAUAAGGUAUGAUUUUAUAGGAAAAUUGGAAACGCUUCCUGAGGAUCUUGCCGUUAUUCACAACGCAACAGGUCUUUACUUGGAAAAAUGGCUCCAUGAAAAAGAGAGGACGACUUCGCCGACUCUUUUGAACAAAUAUUAUAAAACGUUGCACCCUGAUAAGAUAGCAAAUCUUCUGAGUAUGUAUGAUAUAGAUUUGGCAAUGUAUGAAUACGACAAAUUUUAAACAUUAUUGUCCGGACGGUAUACAAUUAAAACAAAAUGAAUAAAAUUCGAUUUAUUCACGGUUGGUCCUAUUUGUACGUUUAUGUGCCCUAUGAGCAAACGAAUUCUUUUAAAUAUUUUUACAUUUUAAUAGCAUCCACUACCUCAUAUGCAACACUUUUCGCAUAUCACACUCCUAAUCGUCGACACGAUUUGAAAAUCAUUCAAUUUUGAUGUAAUGUGACCCUUAUUGCAUAAUGCAUUGAAAUACAGUUUGUCAAGAUUUACAUAUAGUCAUAUAUUGUUGACAUUGUGUACAAAGAAUAAAACAAAGUCAACCCAGGGCAAAAUUUAAGCUUACACCAUCGAAUAGACUUACUCAUCAAGUAUAAUUCGAUUGAUAAUUUCUGCUUUAGUAACAAAUGAGAAGAGAGCCUAAUCUGUUUUUCGACCAAAAUCUGUAACAAAAAAUCUAAAACACCAAGUGGGGCCAGGGCAACAGAAAACCUAUCCAAACAAUCUCUGUCGGUUGGAAUUUCCUAUUAAAAAGUUAUUACCGGUACAUCUUCCAGAUAACAAUGUUUUGGAAUGUACAAUUUAAAAUUAUUUUGUAAAAACCUUUUCUCUGCAAAUCAUACAUAUCGCGACAUCAUUUAUAGAUCAGAGCUGGGUUACAUACAGUGUAAUUAAUGCUGUGCAAAAUUUUCAUAAUAUAGAAUAGUAUUUUGUUUAUGUACAAACAUAAUAAUUCAAUGCCCCGUCGUAUAUUUGACAUGAUAGUAUUAAAAUAUGGUAGAUUAGCCAACGCCAGAUUUUAUUCAGAAACCUAUAAUUGAAUGAACACCAUAUUUUUUAAAAAAAAUGCUAUAAUGAUGUUUUAUUUCGAUACUUGUUACGAGUUGGUAAUAACUUACACAUGUUUGUUUGAGAUACGUUUCUUUAAACAAAUAUUUUCUUGUUUCAUAUCUUUUUUAUCUUUUAUAAGAGAACAAAAUCAGAACAUCAGUUUUUAGUUUUUUCCAAUUUUAACGCUAGUGAUGUAUAUCAGUUUCUCUCGUUUGUGUUCAUUAUUUUCCGAUACGAAUACCAAACGCUAAGAAGGGCCUAUUGCGUAUAAAUUUAUACGUACUCUCCGUUUUUUAGUGUAAAUCUUUUUACUCGGUACAGCAAACGGCUACGUGUAAAAAUGAGUAUUUUCUGACUUCCUCGAUAGCAAAGUAAUGGUGUGGUAAUUGUUACUAGUGAUGUAGUGAAUUGUAGUUUUACAUAUCAUACCCAGUCAGAGAAUAUUGAAAGUUCAUUCCAACACAACCAAACGCUUCUUCUGCCAGCUCAAAUCAAUUUUUUGAGAGAUGAGAUCAAUGAAUUGGAUAUGAGCGUUAGGGAUAUAAAUAAAAACAAUUUUAAAUUUAUACCCUGAAAAUUGAUACAGGCAGACCCCAGCUUUUUCAAAAUAUUUCACGACCUCGGAAAAAGAAAAUUGGAUUAAUCGUUUGAAUUUGAGGCAGAGUCACUCUAUAUAUAAUUUUC